AGGGGGACUUCCCUCCUCCUCGCAGCAUCUGGGUUCGCUGCUGAAUGGAUGCCAGGGAGGUGCCCUGCUCUCUCUCAUCUGCUGCCAACAGGGCAUCUGGCCACAAAGCCUGAACUGAUCUGCAAAAUAGAGCGAGAAGAACAGCCUUGGGUGGCUGAGCCGGUGGAAUCCCCCACGUGGAGGAGGCCCCAGAGCCCCUGGCUGGGAGAUGGCAUCCGGGUGGCCGAAGACGAGGAGGGGGAAGCGGGGAGCCCCGUCCGGCAGUGCCCCCCCCGGUGCAAGAGAGGGAGGAAGGCCCGCCUGCCCCGAGCGGAGAAGCCAGGCAAGCAGGCAAGACCCCUGCUCCCCGAGGCCAAAGGUGGGGGCCCCCUGCGGGUGACGCUGAAGAUGAACCCGCCCAAGUGCCCCGAGUGCAGCAAGAGCUUCCUGAGCAAUGUGGCCAUGACCAUCCACAUCCGGACCCACACCGGGGAGCGCCCCUUCAAGUGCCACCUCUGUCCCAAGGGCUUUCCCUCCCGGGGGGACCUCAAGCGCCACAUCAGGACCCACCUGCACAGGAAGGACCCUCCCAGCCAGGGUACCCCCCCAAAGAGCAGGAAGUGCCUCACUGCCAAGCUGCAGCUCCUGCACCAACUGGGGGCGAGCCCGGGGCCGAAGGGGCCGCACGGCUGCGCCCAGUGCGGGAAGAGCUUCAGCAAGAGGCAGGACCUGCGCAAGCACCAGGGCACCCACUCGGGCGAGCGGCCCUUCGCCUGCCUGGAGUGUGGGCGCAGCUUCCGGCUGAAGCAGAUCCUGGUGGCCCACUUGAAGGUGCACGUGGGGGAGCGGCCCUUCGCCUGCGCGCAGUGCGGGAAGCGCUUCAGCCAGAAGCACCACGUGGAGAGCCACCAGCGGGUGCACACGGGGGAGAAGCCCUUUGCGUGUACCACCUGCGGGAAGCGGUACGCCCAGAAGCAGCCCCUGAUCAGCCACCUGCGCGUGCACACUGGCGAGCGGCCCUUCAGCUGCCCAGACUGCGGGAAGGCCUUCCGCAACCGGGCCACACUGACCAUCCACCAACGCAUGCACUCCGGCGAGCGCCCCUACCGCUGCCUCCUGUGUGGCAAGGCGUGCAGCCAGCUGCAGCACCUCAAGAGCCACCAGCGGGUCCACCGCGGGGAGCAGCACCUGCUUGCGGCUGGGGACAGCAAGGCCCUCGCCCUCAAGAAGGCCCGCGAGGUGGUGGAGAAGCCCCACCAGUGCCCCGGGUGUGAGAAGCGCUUCCGGGACGCGGAGAUCAUGCGGGCCCACCUCCGGACCCACGAGGAGAGGAAGGGGCUCAGGUGUGGGGCGAGCCCCAAGCCCGGCCCGGCACUUCCUGCCCAGCCAAAAAAGCCCCCGCCGGAAUCCACGUCUGCUAGCAGAGGGGCAGGCCGGAAGCCCCCCGCCCUCGCCCAGUCCAGCACCCCAGCCAGAAAGAGGGCGUUUGCUUGUGCCGAGUGCAGCAGGAGGUUUACGCAGGCCAAAUACCUCACCCUGCAUCAGAGGAGCCACAGAUGAGGGGUGCCUCCGCCUGGAUGGAGCCGGCUUGGAACCCUCCGUGGGGCUCGAGCGCGGACGGGGCCCUCUGGGGCCACCCACUGUCCUCUGACCCCGGGUGGGAGAAAGUGCAGAUUGGCAGAGG